UUUUCUUCCCUUUUUUGUCUCUUUAACAAAUAUAUCUCUAAUUUACAAUCCCUAGGCUCAUUUAAUUGAGACCCUUCACUACUUCUCGCACCCAUUUUGAGUUCCUUUAGUAUUAUCCUCCGAUCAUCGCCGAUACCCAUUUCUUUUCUUUGUGUAGAGGGGCGAAAGGCAGGUAAUAGGAAACUAAGCUCAAUUAGGUUGCUACAGAAUCAGACUAUACCUAAUCGAGGAACAAAUAAAGAAUUAGAUUAUUGGUAAAUGGGUUCGGAGGGUCCUUCAGGUGUAACAGUUCAUGUUACCGGGUUUAAGAAAUUUCAUGGAGUCUCAGAAAACCCGACUGAAACAAUCGUAAGUAAUCUGAAAGAAUACAUGAAGAAGAAAGGACCACCAAAAGGCCUUGUUCUUGGUAGUUGUACUGUUCUUGAGACUGCAGGACAAGGAGCACUUGCUCAACUUUACAAAAUAUUGGAGUCUGCUGUUGCUAAGUUGGAUGAGGAACCUUCAAAUGCUGGAAGACAAGUAAUUUGGCUUCACUUUGGAGUCAAUAGUGGUGCAGCACGGUUUGCUCUUGAGAAUCAAGCAGUUAAUGAAGCUACUUUUCGAUGUCCGGAUGAACUUGGAUGGAAACCUCAAAGAGUCCCAAUCAUCCCUGCUGAUGGAGGUAUUACCAGAACUAGAGAGACAUCGCUUCCUGUGAAUGAUAUUUCUAAGGCUUUGGCAAAGAUGGGAUAUGGCGUGAUUCCUUCGGAUGAUGCCGGUCGCUUUGUGUGUAACUAUGUCUACUAUCAUUCUCUCCGGUUUGCUGAGCAAAACGGGAUCAAGUCUCUUUUCGUACACGUCCCUCUUUUUGUGACAAUUGAUGAAGAAACACAGAUGCAGUUUGUGGCUUCUCUUUUGGAGGUACUUGCGUCCUUGAACUAGAACUCCUCUUUCUUGACACUUGUUUUCUUCAACAGUCGAAAGCUUUGUCUGAAUGGCUGAUGAAAUUACUUUUGCUUCAAAGGGGUGUAUAUGAACGCCUAUGUGCAUGUAUCUAUUGACAGGUUAUUGUGUACGAAUGCAUCCUGUAAAACGUUUGUAUUUCACUGCAAUAAAGCUCAAGAAAGUUGAAGUCUUCUCCUUGAAC